AAUGAAAUGGCGUCGUUAGYRKAGGGCUUACAAGAUUUUUAAUGGUUAUUACUAGCGAUUGCAUCUUAUGAAAGCUGAAAUAUCAACUUAAAAUUUUUAAUACGACACAGCUGUUUCUUCUCCGGGCUUUGAAUGUUUCUGUAAGUCUCAUUAGACAAAAUAAUUAUAAAAACUAUAUGUGGAUAUAACAGCCAAGAUGGCGGCUAAUCGACAACCCGUUGCUAAGGGAGGUAUUUGGAGCACACAGACGGCUCCUGUAAGUCAAGAGACACAGCAACUGUUGAAAGUGAUGAUGGAAGAAUCAAAGUUGACCAAUUUUCAGAGAAGACAACUGAAUGAUAAACUGACAAAGGGUCAACCAUUGCCAUCUUCAGUUAAUCCUACCACCAGUCGACCGCAACAGCCUCGAAAGUCUUCUCCUACUGCUGCAAAGCAACUCCCUAAAGUGAUGAACGCAAGACAUUUGGGACCAGCAGGAAAAAGAAGAAAAGACCAAAUUGAACAAUUGCAGGAGUCCAAUAAGGAUGCCAAGUUUGUUCCAACACCAGGAAAACAUAUAACAGCCAAUGAUAAAAGACGAUUACAAAAUGUAAUGGCCUAUGGAGAAUAUGGAAAAAAUAUCAACCUUAACCCCAAAGAACGAAAAGAAAAGAAACAAGCACCACCCCCAAAACAAGAAGCAGAUCGCUUUGAUGAAGUUCUCCAAGAGAUUGAAGACAGGAAACAGUUCCUUGAGGAAAUGGAGGGAGUUGGAAAAGGAGACCAGUACCGAACAAUCAUCAACACUGAGAUAUCCCAGAAAAUAAGAGAAUUAGAAGUCAUUGACCAAAAACGCAGCAAAGAAUUGGAAGAAAUACUCYGUGAGGACCAAACAUGAAAAUUAUGAUUUGGAGAUUAUAAUAUAAUUUAUUUGCCUAUAAAUAUKAUCUCAAAAAUAUGCAAUAACUCAAUAAUUAUUGUACUAAGAUAAAAACAGAUUUUUUUCCCUGGGGAAUUCAGGGUAUGUUUAAAUACACACCAUGGUAACCAUCACAAAAAGGACAAGAACUUCACUGACAAGGGUAAACAUCAGGUGAUGUGCAGAAGUUUCAGUAAUAGAUAUAGCUACCGGUAGUAUAGCAUCGCCAAUUUUAUCUAAGUUUACCAUUGGUUAGUUUGUGUCUUACUUAAUAAAUAUGACUGUAAAUAUUGUUUGGGACAAGUAUGCCUACUUCUUCACUCAAAAGUCGUUUAUUCAAAAAGGUAAUGAAAUCCCUGGAUGUGCCAGUGCAGACUACCCUGAGUGUUACACUGUAUAUCACUUUUUGUGUUUUAAUAGCAUUUCUGUGAUCUACAGUAGUUUUUUGCAUAAAACCAGUAAAAGGGUUGUGUAUUACGGUUUGUUUAGUUUAAAAUAGCUGCUAAACCAAACUCAUGUCACAUUCAGAAGUAUAUAUAGUAUUAAAAAGGUGUUUAUUUCUUUCAAUUUGUUAAUAUGUAAUCUUAACACUAGGAAAAUGGUAGAGGAAAAUUAAACUUCCAAAAUUGGACAGUCCAAGUCUAAGUAUAAACCAA